UUGAGCGCGCAUUACGCACACACGGCGUAUGGUAAGAGUCAUUCAGCUGCAUAAUCCAUUAAACUGCACCAGCAACGCUCAAAUUCCACUCUCUCUGAAUCAUUUUCGCUUUCGGACAAAACCUCAAAACAAAGCACCAAAACACAGAGUCGUUUCAAGUCCAAAACCCCCUCAACACCUCCUUCAAGCUAAUAGAAGAGAAAAUGCAGGAAACGAAAGCAGAGACGACGACCAAAAACCCUAAGAAGGCCAAUCUCUUGGACCACCACUCCAUCAAACACAUCCUCGACGAGUCCGUCUCAGAGAUCGUGACGGGUCGUGGAUAUGUGGAAGAUGUGAGGCUGAGUAAUGUAAGAUUGCUAUUGGGAACGGUUAUUAUUGUUAUUGCACUGUUCGCUCAGUUUUACAAGAAGAAGUUCCCUGAGAACCGCGAUUUCCUCAUCGCUUGCAUCGUGUUGUAUAUAGUCUUCAAUGGGUUGUUGCAGCUGAUCAUAAUCACUAAGGAGAAGAAUGCAAUCCUUUUCACAUAUCCUCCGGCGGGAUCCUUCACAAGCACUGGAUUGGUGGUAUCUUCCAAAUUGCCAAGAUUCUCUGAUAUGUAUACCCUUAUCAUAGCUAGUGCAGAUCCAAAAUCAAUUUCUGCACACCAAACGGUGCAGUUCACCAAAAGUGUUACUCAGUGGUUCACCAAGGAUGGGAUUUUGGUGGAGGGGCUGUUUUGGAAAGAUGUUGAAGCAUUAAUAGAUGAAUAUGUGAGAGAACCAAAAAAGAGCAAAUGAUUUGAAGCUUCAGAUUAGCAUUUGAUUGGACACACCGCAGGUUGGAUAGGAGCUUAGUUAUGCUGUCAUGUGAUCUUAACAAAAAGAUGUUGCUCAUCAAUGUGUUUUCUUCAGAGUUAAACCAGUGGAAUUAAUAUUUUUCAACAAAGACAAUAUGUUAUGAAUGAUAGAGACUGUGCUUCUCAGCUAAUGAAAUAUGGAACAGUUAACUUUUUUCCUGCA